AUGAACUAAACAUUAUUUGAAAGGUGGGUCAUGGAUCAACUGAAUCAAAAUGAGGAUACACAAAAGACUAAGGUCAAAAGAGAAAAGAAGAAACCUAAAUCAAAAGAAUAUUAAUAAAAUAUAAAAGAAAUGACUGAAUUAGAAGUAUUAUUUAGUCAAAUGACUCUAUCUGAUAAAAAGUAGAAACAGUAAUCUAUAAUAAAAGUUGAUUUUGAAUAACUUUCUGAUUUUUCGAGUGUUUAAAAUGAAGAAUUCUUGAAAUGGCUUUUGUCUUAGUUGAGGCUUCUUUUCUCUCAAAGAAAAGUUACCUUAGCACAAAUUAAGAUAGAUUCUCUCUUUAAUUUGUUAUUUGAUGAAAAAGAAAUUGAAUUCUUAGAAUAAGGAAUUUGUUCAAGAUUAGGAAUAGAGAAUGAUUCUUUCAGCACAUAAGAAUAAAAGAUCUUUCUAAAGAAUAUCUUUAAUAACAUUUUUGAAGUUUGA